AAAGCAGUAAUAAAACCAGAUCAGCUGAUAAAACGGCGUGGAAAACAUGGUCUGGUCAAGUGUGGAACGGUGGACGAGAUAAAGAAGUGGUUCCAAGAAAAUGUGAACAAAUCCGUUCAGAUUGGAAAAACAACUGGCCGUCUUCACACAUUCAUUGUGGAGCCGUUUGUUGCGCACACAGAUGCAGACGAGCUGUACAUUGCCAUAUUCAGUCGAUCGCAUAAAUGA